AUGCCCCCCGUGGUCAUCCUCGACCUCGAUGGCACCGUGAUCAACACCGAACAGCUCAUCGACGAGGUCGUCUCCGCCGUCGUUCUCGAGCGGUGCGACGCGUCGGUGACCGCGUUGAGGGUGCACGACGCGCUGGAGCGCGCGCGCGGGAGGCGUCCGCUGGAGGCGUCGCGGCUCGUCGUGGAAGAACUGAACCUCGAGUGCACCCCGGAGGCGCUGUUAGCGACCACGGCGCCGCUAUUAGACGCUCGAUGGUCCGAGGUCAGGCUCAUGCCCGGCGCUCGACGGUUGAUGGAACACUUGGAGCGGCACGGGGUGACGUUCGGGCUCGCGACGUCUACGCCGGCGGAUUUUCUGGCGGCGAAGAUGGCGGCGCACGACGACGUGAUGAAAAAGAUGCGGUGCGUGAUCACGGGAUGCAUGGUGACAAAUGGCAAGCCAUCACCGGAGAUUUUCGAACGAGCGCGGGUGGGGCUGGGCGGGCCGGACGCGAGCGAGUGUAUCUGCAUCGAGGACACGCCGGUGGGCUGCGAGGCGGCGACGAACGCUGGGAUGCGAACGAUCGCGGUGCCGUCGAUCAGGGAUAGAACGUGCUUCGAGUCGUGCAGCGAGACGGUGUUACACUCGCUGUACGAUUUAGAACUCUCGAGGUUUGGGUUGCCCGAGUUUGAAGAUUGGUUGAGCGUCGCCGACGGAUCGACAGAUAAAGUCUUGCCCGUGGAGCCAGUGAUCAUGCGCGGACCCGUCGUCAAGGGAUUCGGUCGAGGAAGCAAGAUGCUCGGAAUACCCACGGCGAAUUUGGACGUGGUGCCGUUGAAAUCGCAGGUAGACUCUCUCGCGCCAGGUAUAUAUUUAGGCUUCGCCUCGAUUCGAGGCGAGACGCACGAGAUGGUGAUGAGCAUCGGAUGGAAUCCGUAUUUCGACAACUCGAAGAAGACCAUCGAGCCGUGGUUGCUCCAUGAAUUCCCCGACGACUUUUACGACGAAGAAUUGGCAGUCGUUGUCUCCGGAUACAUUCGCCCGGAAGCCGAUUUUACGACGCUCGAGGCCCUCGUUGAGCGCAUCCAUCGGGACGCGGAGGUGGCUCGCACCAUGCUCAAGAAUACCCCAUUCAAGGAGACGCGCGAGCUCUUGGUCGCAUGA